AUGUGGCUGCAUAAUAUUGCUGUUCUUUCGAUUUCAUUCUCAUGUCUUCUAAUAAUUCUUCAAAUUCUCUAUUUUCCCUAUCUGAUAUCACAGGCUGAAUCAGCUCAUGAACUAGUCAAGAGCAAAAUAGACUCAUUUAAGAGUUUAGAAUCAGAUAUCACUCGUGAAUUAUCAGAUUACGCCUUCUUACAUAUUACCAGAAAACGAGAAGUCAUUUCAUGCGAACCCGGAUACCCCGGUCUUCCUGGUGCAAAUGGGAGAGAUGGACAACCAGGAAUAGACGGUCCAAACGGAAUACGUGGAUUGGAUGCACGUGAUAUAAUGGAAGAAAUUCAAGCGAAUCAAGAAUGUAUUACUUGUCCACAAGGAGAACGUGGACCAACUGGAGCACCAGGGGAUCGAGGAGAAACUGGAGAUAAGGGAGAUAAAGGAGUUGCUGGAAUUCCAGGUCAAGAUGGAUUAGAUGGUGAACAAGGAGAAGAAGGACCUGUUGGACCACCAGGGCCACCGGGGAGAAGGGGAAGAAAAGGAGCUGAUGGAAAGUCUGCAAUGGGAGGAAUUGGAGAACCCGGACCAAAAGGAGUUCCAGGAGCAAAGGGUGGUCCGGGAUUACAGGGACCAAGAGGAAAGCGUAAUUAUAUUUAUGGUCCACCUGGUCCAAUGGGACAACCAGGACCAUCUGGAUUGGAUGGAGUAUCUGGAAAUCCAGGUGAUAGAGGACCAAAAGGACCGCCAGGAGACCGCGGAGCUGAUAUUAAAUUCUGUCCGUGUCCAUUGGAAUUAGAAUUAUUGAAAGUAAAACAUUCCAAGGCAAAUCGUCCAUCACCACCAUCCUCUUCGACUUCAACAACACCGCCAACAACUUCAACUUCAGAAACAACGACUACAGUUUUUCCAAAUACAGAAAAGAAUUCAGAUGACACCACAACUUUGGAAAUAAUCGGAGAAGAAGAAACGACUCCAGAAGAUAUCACUGCCACGACUACAAUUGAAACAAUCACUUUUUCAUCUCAAGAUGACGAAUCAAGUGAAUCAAAAAAUAGUCGAAAUUCAGAAAAUGUAUUCGGAAGUGCACCUGGAAAUGAAGGAAUUAUUCAAGCAGAAACAUUGAAUUUUGAUGAUGGAGAAAUGCAAACGGUGGAAUUGCCAAAAGAGUAUGAAAACGAUGAACAACCACGUGGACCAAUCAUAACUGUAGAAGAUGAUGAUUAUCCAGAAGAUACUACAACUACGCGUCGAUUCCGUUACGUCACAAAGCGACCAAUUCGGUUUGAAUAA